AUGGGAACUGCUAAAAGGGUGCUGAGAUACAUACAAGGAACAUUAGAUUUUGGAAUUGAGUUUGCAAAGGGGAAAACAGCUACUCUAAUUGGAUAUUGUGACAGUGACUGGGCUGGGAGUGAGGAUGAUAUGAGGAGCACCUCAGGAUAUGCCUUCACACUAGGCUCAGGCAUGUUCUCUUGGGCUUCCAUCAAGCAAAACACAGUUGCUUUAUCUACAGCCGAAGCUGAGUAUGUGAGCGCUGCAGAAGCAACUUCACAAGCUAAGUGGCUCAGAUUUGUGCUUGAAGAUUUUGGUGAAGAACAGUUCAUCACCAAAAGGCAAGAGGUGAAGAAACUGGAGAUAACGUUGUUGAGCCUUAAUGCGGUGCUUAGUGACGCGGAGGAGAAGCAAUUCCUGAACAGCUACGUGAAGGAGUGGCUCAAUAAGCUUCAAGAUGGUGUCUUUGAUGCGGAUGACCUUCUGCAUGAGAUCAAUGCUAAAGUUUUGCGAUGCAAGGUGGAAGCUGAAUUUCAAACCGUCACGAAUAAGGUGCGGGACUUCCUCCCUACUUUUCUUAAUCAUAAUUAUCAAGGCAUGAAGGGUAGGAUACAUAAGUUGCUUGAAAGGUUAGAGCACCUUGCAAAGCAAAGGGAAUUCCUUGGGCUGAGAGAAGGUGUUGUUGGGGGGAAGGUUUCUCAAAGAACUCCAACAACUUCCUUGGUGGAUGAAUCUUGUGUGUACGGUAGGGAUGGAGAUAAAGAAAAGCUGAUGAACCUCUUGUUAUCUGAUGAAGCAAGCAACAAGGAUGUAUCUGUCAUCACCAUAGUGGGAAUGGGCGGGGUUGGCAAGACAACCCUCGCUCAGCUCCUUUAUAAUGAUGACAAAGUGAAAGAGCAUUUUAAUCUUAGAACUUGGGCUUAUGUUUCGGAAGAUUUCGAUGUUACUAGGGUAACUAAAACUCUACUUGAGUCAGUCAGUUCAAAAGCUUACGAUAAUAAAGACCUGAGUUUUCUUCAAGUUGAGCUAGGACAACAAAUAAAGGGCAAGAAAUUUUUAUUUGUGUUGGAUGACCUUUGGAAUGAGAACUAUGGUGAUUUGAGUGUCUUGCAACGUCCUUUUGCAUCCGGGGCAAGUGGAAGUUGGGUCAUUGUGACAACACGUAACGAAAGUGUUGCAGCUCGCAUACGCACCGUUCCAAUUCACUUUUUGGAACAGCUGUCCGAUGAGGAUUGUUGGUUGUUACUUUCAAAGCAUGCCUUUGAAAAUGGAAGCUCGAGUGCACGUCUAGAUCUGGAAGAAGUUG